UGCUGCGCCCGCAAGCCGCUGUGCUGCACGGAGGAGCGACGCGGUGCCUCCGCAGAGAGAGGGCCAUGGCGGCUGGAGGGCCACUCCAAGAUCUCUGCAAGAAAGCCACUUGCUCCAUCUGUCUGGAGUUUUUCAAGGAUCCCGUCACGAUCACCGAGUGCGACCACAACUUCUGCCGAGGCUGCUUGACCGGGAGCUGGGGGGAGUCGGCGACGGAGGCUUCCUGCCCCCAAUGCAAGGGAAAAGCUCAGCCAGGGGGCCUCUGUCCGAACCUGCGGCUGGCAAACGUUGUCGAAAUAGCCAAGAAGUUUACAUGUCAGGGGGGAAAGGAGGCGCUCUGUGUGAAGCACGAGGAGCCCCUGGAACUCUUCUGCAAGGUCGACGAAGCCCCCAUCUGCCUGGUCUGUGACAGAUCCAAGGAGCACAGAUUUCAUGUGGCGAUUCCUCUCGAGGAGGCUUUCCAAGAAAACAAGACUGUCAUUAAAGCUGAGGAGAGAAGAGUCUGUGAAAAGCACCAGGAGCCUCUGAAGCUCUUCUGUAAGGAUGAUGGCGCCCUCAUGUGUCUAAACUGUGACAGAUCUAAGGAGCACAACUAUCAUGAGGUGAUUCCUAUUGAAGAGGCUGCCCAGGAGUACAAGGACCAAGUCUGUCGUUAUCUGGAGAUUCUGAAAAAAGAAAGAGAAAAUAUGUUGGCACAUAAAGUGGAUGCGAUAAAGGAAAGCCAAGACGUGCUUAGAAAAACAAAAGAAGAGAAGGAAAAGGCAGUGGCUGAGUUCAGACAACUACGCCAGUUUCUGGAACAGCAAGAGAAACUUCUGUUGACCCAGAUGGAAGAAGUGGAGGAAGAGAUUGCAAGAAGAAGAGAAGAACAUCUGGCUGAACUCUCCAAAGAACUCUUCUCUCUCCAAGGUCUCAUCCAGGAGAUGGAGGAGAAAUGUCAGCAGGCAGCCAGUGAACUCUUGCAGGAUAUUGGAAGCACUUUGCAGAGGUAUAAGAAGUUUGAGACUCCGGAGGCUUUUCCUUCUGAGCUGAGAUGGAGGAUCUGGGACUUCUGUGAUCUACAUCAUUUUCUGGAGGGUGUCAUGAAACAAUUCAAAGCCACACUGAUGUCUGGACCUCCAAAGCAGAAAGCAGUAGAUGUGACUCUGGAUCCAGACACAGCCAACUCCUUCCUCAUCCUGUCUGAGGAUAGGAAAAGUGUGAGAUGUGGAAACAAAGUUCAGAGUCUGCCUUACAAUACUGAGAGAUUUGAUAAAUGCUUAAUUGUUCUGGGAUGUGAGGGAUUCACAUCGGGCCGACAUUUCUGGGAAGUUGUGGGCAAUGGGUAUGGCUGGUCUGUGGGAGUUGCCAGAAAGUCUGUAACAAGGAAGGGAUAUGCCACUGAUCUUAAACCUGAGUUUGGGUUCUGGGGUGUGAAGAAGAUAGAUGGAAACUUCAUGCAGAUACCGAAGCUCUAUGUUGGUCAUAGUAGCUCUUUGCCUGUAUUACUCAGAUUUACUACCAGGAAGAUCCGAGUGUGUCUGAACUAUGACAAAGGGCAAGUGUCUUUUUUCAAUGCUGACACAGCAGCCCAUCUGCACACAUUCUCAGGAGCCUCCUUUAAUGGAGAGACUGUUUUCCCCUUCUUUGAAGUGAAUUCAAAUGCUCACUUUGAUCUCUCUUUUUGAGGCAGUCAAAUCUCUUUCAGGCUGUGGUGGUAUUGCUCAUGAAAUUGAGAUGAUAAAUCAAAGUGUGUCUAUUCUCUGGUCCCAGGAACAUACCCCUGAGCACGUUCAGAGUGCAGACUGGCACUGCUAGGGUUAAUCUAUAUGGGCCUUUCCCUAUAUAUACCAGGAUCCCAUAUGCUACACAGCAAGCAUUCAGACUAGAGACUUUUGAUAUUGGGGAAUGACAAACGAAACUUCUGUACAAAGGUUUUAUUACUAUCAAAUAACCAAACAGGAAAAUACAACCAAGAAAUACACAACAAUGAAUACAUAACAAACCGAGGGAAUGUGAGCCCUGGGAUAUGGUGUGGGAGUAAUCUAGGCUUCCAAAACAUACACAACACAUAUUGCUUAUAGUGACUAACCCUAAUUAUCCUACUGUCCUAGUGCAUGUAUGGGUGGAUGUGAUAAUAAAAACACAUGGUCUGACGUAGAUAGUGUGUUUCCUAGGUGUCAAUGGAAGAAGCUCUUGUUGUGGGGGGAUUAGCAGAGGGGCAUGCUGACCGAUUGAUUCAAGCCUUACCUAACUUGACUUCUGGAACGGCAGCAGUGAGAGUCAGUUGUGUCUGGGGAGAAUUUCUCAAGACAUAAUCUGAUCCUAAUAGUCGGGGGGCGGGUCCAGAGACCCCUACGCCUGGGAUGCUAUUUGGAGAGGAAUUCUUGGAUGCAGCCGAGAAUAGUCGCUCCAAAACAAAAUCCUUUCACUCAAGACGACACGGAACCAUUCUGGUAAUCAGCUUCUAGCCUCCGGUCUAAGCUUUUCUACUUCAAACUGCAACAACUUUCUGUUUACAACUGCCUUAGAUAACCUCCUCUGUGUAAGUGUAAAUUUCUCCAGUUCUGAACUGUUUUGGAAACGGACUCUAUGGCUUAAGUAGUAGACACUCUAACCUUACUGACUAGAAAAAGAAGACGCUAGGGAUUUUGUAUCAUUAACUAAAAGAUUCUUUCGUCUAGAGGUGUCGGAGAUAAAGUUAAGUAUGGAAAUAAUUUGGUAAGAUGGACUACUUUGCAAGAUAACAGCUAAUUGAAAAUUGCUGGUACAUAUUAUGAUUAAAGACAUUGUGGCUCUUCUUGUUGGUGUGCGCCUAUCUAUUUCUGCUACUCCAGUGGUGCUACGUAUUGAAUAUGCAAAUGUUGAUGCAGGAGAGGGAGUGAAAUUAACGUCUUAGACUUAUUGGAGAUGUGAGCUUCAAAUAUAGUCUUAAAAGUUACUGGAAAGGGGAACAAAAGAAAAGAGAAAAAUCCUUGCUGCCCAUUUGUUUUGGAAAUAAUCCAAAUUCCUGCCUCCCCCGUAUAUUGAAAAACUGGAGAAGGAUUGACAAUGAAAAUGGAAAAGACCCUACAGUGGGCUAUAUGUUCAGCUAUGAGACAGAUAAACAGCACUUUGGAGAAAGUUUUAAACCAAGUUUGUAAUGUGAAAAUGGAAAUGAUGCAGACAAAAGAUAUAAUGAACAAUAAGCAACUGCAAUUCAGGGAAAUUCAAGAGGCAGAAGACGCGAAACUGGAAACUGAUAUACAAAGACAUGAAAUGAAAGCCCCUCAGCAAAAAUUUAUAUGGAAUAAAGGACCUGGAAAGCAAGGAAGAGAGAUAAAGAAGAGGACAAAGGAACUCUGGGAUGACGUGAAGAAAAGCAAUGGCAAGAUACCCAACUAGACCUCAUAUCUCAUCUUCAAGUUACUUUGUGGCAAUAUGCAUAUAAUGGAGCUGUAUUCACAUAAAUGCCAGAGCAUUUUGAUGUCACAGCUGAAAACCUGACUAGAAAAAGAUCAAUGUACACUGAGCUUCUAAACAAGUGGUUGGAUAAGGAAUUGAAAUAGUAUAAAUCAAGAAUGCAAUUUAAAAAACAAAACGGGGGUCUUCCAUGACUUAUCCCCCGUUCUAACCACUAGAAUACAGCAUUCAAAUUCCAACUCCCUAAGUUUAAAAAAUAUUUAUUUACAUUUCUAUGCUGUCCCUUCAAAGUCCUGCUUGAGGCAGCUUACAAUUAAAACAAUGUA